AUGGUUCUACGGCCGAACAACUCUCCCCUGACUCCGGAGUUCGACGCACUGGUUGAGGAGAAACUGGCCAAAUGGAAGGUGCCUGGACUCACAGUGUCAGUGAUCCAUGGCUCCAGCACUUAUGCCAAAGCAUACGGGAUUGCGGAAUUUCCAGACAAGAAAAUGACCGUCGAGUCUCUCUUCGACACAUGUAGCACCACAAAAGCCUUUACUGCGGCCCUCAUGUCAAUGGCUAUUGACGAAAGCAAGGACACACCAGAUCCAAUCUGCUGGGACACUCCCGUCUCGUCUCUGAUCAGGGAUGAUUUUGUCUUGGCAGACCCGUACGCUACCGCGAAUACCACAGUUGAAGACAUGCUCUCCCAUCGCUCAGGUCUACCCGGGCAUUUCAUCCCAAUGAACCUCGCCUUUCCGAAUGAGACCCUGCGCGAAGAGGUGCGGAAGCUACGCCACCUGCCUCUUGCAUUUGCUCCACGGACAACAUUCAAUUACUGCAACCAUAUGUUCAUGGUCGCAUCGCAUGUGCUAGAGCAAUUGUCCAGAACAAGUCUGGGGAGCGUCAUGAAAAAGCGGAUAUGGGAACCACUCGGAAUGAACGAUACCUACUUCUCGAAUAAAGAAGUGCUCGCGUGUCCAUCCACUGCACAGCGUCUGGUGAAGGGCUACACCUGGGAUCCUACCACGAAUCGCCACGUCGAGCGACCGUACAUGGAUUAUGCGCCUACCACCGGCACGGGCGCUAUUGUCAGCAAUGUGCUCGACUAUGCGAAAUGGAUACGCACGAUGAUAUAUCAAGGAGCACCAAUUUCACCACAAGGGUAUAAAGAAAUUUUAACUCCGCGGACCAUCAUCAAAGACUGGGAAGACAUGAAUAUCCCGCCGGGACAAGUCCACCUCUAUGCGCUCGGGUGGUUCGUGGAUAACUACCAUGGCGAGCAGAUAAUUUGGCACUCGGGGAGCUGGGAGGGGUUCGGAAUCAUGGUGGGCUUUGUCCCGAGCAAGAAAUUUGGCUUUGUCAUGAUGGGCAAUACGCAGAACGCGAGAUCCGCGGAGUUGGAGCUCUAUCUCUAUCUUCUUGAUCGGCUGUUGGGCAGGUCGGGCGAAGACAGAGAGGCCUAUAUUGCCAAGAUCGAUGCAAUCGUGCAAGAGCGGCAGAGAAUACAGCUGCAGAGCCUAGACGAGGUUAAGGAUCGGCUGUUUCCAGGAAUCCCUCACUUGUUGCCCCAUCCUUUGUCACUCAACGACUAUACAGGCACAUACUCGCAUCCAGGCCAUGGGCCCAUUACACUUUUCGUGAAGGAUGCGAAGCUGCAUGUGAACUUGAUGGAUCGAGUUGCCAAGAGCUGGAUGCGCUUUGAGCAUGUGAGCGGGGUGUUCUUUGUUGUGAAGUGGUAUAAGCCAGAAGCAGAAGGGGUUGAUCCUGACUACAUGGCGGCGCAGUUCCACGUGGGCGUGACGGGGGUGGUGGAGAGUCUGGGCUUGGACCUAGAGCCUGCACUAAAUGGACAGAUGAUGUGGUUUAAGAGAGUGUCGGGCCGACAGUGA